CUCAGACUGAAAUACUAUACGCUCUGUUGUAUUAAUAUUUAAUUUUUUGAUGCCGUUUCUGUUUCUUCGCAAGUAUAUGUUGGUAUUGCAGUAAAGGUAUUGCCGAGUAGAAUAAAUAACAUUACGGUUGAUUGGCGAAAUAACUCCCAGUAGAACUACUGAUUUACCUUUCUAGUUUUCUUACCAAUUCUUUUUCUCUUUUUUUGUCUUGCUUGCUAAAUAAGCAUUCCAAGUAAUUCAGUAACAUUUUCUUUACAAUUUGGUUAUUGUUAUUUGCUGGUCUGUUUAUUAUCGACGUUUUUAGUGUUAUAUAGUCAAGAUUAAGAGAACUGUAAUUGAAGGAAAACAGAGCUCGCUGUGUAAGUUGACCAAGGUAACUGGUGUUAUGAACAAACAUUGAGUAGUUUGUGCUUAAAUUUCUUCCCCCACCUAACAUCCUGUUUUUAAUCCAUUUUUCUUUCUAUUUCCAACUUACUUACUGCUGCGGUUCUCUUCUGCUACACCAAUUGCCGUUGUUAUCUUUCCUAUACUGAUAAUAGUGCAGAAAUUGAAGAUUCAGAUUCGCAGGUACUCGAAUCGGCCCUCAACUGAGCUUAUCUUUCCACAGCCGGAGAGUACUUGAACACAUUGCAUAGCAACUGAACUGUAUGUACAUCUACUUGCUUUGCUUACUUGCUUGCUACUUACCGCCGUUUAUUCACCCUGCCAACAUUUCAACAUCUUUCACUCAAAUUUAAAUUACUUCAGGCAGCCUCUCUGGGUGCAGUCGCAGUGCCCAUAGUUUAUUUGUUGCCAGAUUUUGACAAGUUUUACUAAAUCGGAUUAGAAAUUUUUGUUAUACCUGGACUCGGGUCAAUAUUUACGGCUGUCUAGAAUUCCCGAGUUAUUCAACUUUCUUUCUGUCUGAAAUUAAUUCAGAUAAGUCUUUUAUCUAAAAAGUGAGUCAAAGUCUCAUAAUUUCCAAUUUUCAUAUCAAACAUUUAUUCGUUGCAACAAAAUCCGAAUUAAUCUAUCAAGCAAAAUCGCUUUUAUUCCAAAUUCUAUCGAAUCAAGUAGUCUAUCAAAAUUUUUCAAUUUCAAAAGUCAUUCCAGUGUAAAAACAUUUCAUUUGUUCAAAAAUUUUUUACCCCAGCUCUUUUACAUAAUCUUCGUUAUGGUAUAGUACCAUUAGUCGAAUCAUUUCAUUAUUCAGACAUCAAAAGUAAUUGAUUUAUUGCAUAACCUUUUCUUAUUUACUCGCAGCUACAAGUAUACAUUUUUGCGAUAAUUUGUGCAGUUGCUCUUUUUGCAGCAGGCAUCACCUCAAAAAUCAGUCAUUAAACUUGUUUAUUUUAGUUUUUUUUUCUCUGGUGAAAAUUAUAUGGUACUACAUUUUCGCUUCCUGUUGCUGCCUAUUAUCUGUUUGCUUUGCAAAGCUCAAAAUCAAUUUUAAUGUUGGUUAUAACUAUAACUGAGUUGUAGUUAAUCAAAAGCUAUUACCUUUCAUUCGUUACUUAUUUCCGGCGCCUCCUACUAGUUAUAUAGAACUGAAUUUCAUUCAAAGUCAGUAAGACUGACAUCCACUUAUCAGCAGAAAUAUAAAUUAGUUAUUUCGUGAACUAUUUAUUUAAUCUCUACAGAAAUUGUUUCUCUUGACUAUUUUGGCUAGUUGUUGGUUAUUAAGCCUAAUUAUAACAGUGAGUAUUGAUAAUAAUGGAAGAAGAAGGUGGUCACCAGAAUGGAGACGUGCACUCCCAGAUCAACGCCAUCACAGAUGAGUCUCUGGAGUCGACCAGGAGGAUGUUGGCACUCUGUGACGAGAGCAAGGAGGGCGCCAUAUCCACAUUAGUCAACCUCGACGACCAGGGUGAGCAACUGGAGACGAUUGAGAAGGGCCUGGACACUAUCAACGCAGACAUGCGAGAGGCGGAGAAGAACCUGAAUGACCUGAACAAGUGCUGCGGUCUCUUCACCUGUCCCUGGAUGAAGGAUGGAGUGGAGAAGGGAGACGAGUACAAGAAGGUGUUCAAAGGGACAGACGAUGGUCCGAUUAGUGCUCAGCCUACUAGGGUGUGUGAUGACAGGAGUGGAGGGGCUAUGAUGUCAGGAAACUACAUUCACAAAAUCACAAAUGACGCGCGCGAGGAUGAGAUGGAGGAGAACAUCAAUGCGGUGAGUGGGGUGAUCACAAAUCUGAAACACAUGGCCACUGACAUGGGCAACGAGAUCGACAGUCAGAACAGACAGCUGGACAGGGUUAACGAGAAGGCCAAUCUGAACAAGAACAGGAUAGAGGAGGCCAAUAAACGGGCCACCAAGAUACUAGCCAAGUAGAGCUGCAGGGGGAAGAGGAGGAGGAAGGAUCAGGUCAAGGCAGAGGUCACAAAAUUGGGUCAAACGUCUACAGUACCAACUAUUUUAAUACGAUUCAUGCACGCAGUUGUCAACAUCUUAGUAAAAGAUACAAUGACGACUAUUUAAAUGGAAAAGUACACAUAAUUAGAAUACAAAGCGAUUGGAUUCAAAAAUGAUGCAUCAGUGACAACCGAAGAAAGUUUUGAAAACUCAAAGUGGCUGAAGUUUUUUUACUUAACGUUAAUUUCAUUUUUGGUGAUUUAUUGAAGACUGGUUAGAAAGGCAUGAUUUGUGUAACAUGAAUGGUAUGAUGAAACCAAAUACCUAUAAAAUCU